CUUAGUUGAUUCCAAUCGUCUUCCUCUUCAUCUUCUACAUAAGUCCCAAAUUGUCAAAACCCAACAAAUUAAUCAAAUAAAACCCUCUUCACUUCUCCAGAUUCGAUCUCUCAAUUGCAAAAUAGUCAGAAAAACAAUGGCAAAACUUUCAGUUUUCAUUUACAUUACAUUAGCACUUCUCUUAAUCAUACUAAUCUCCCACUCCCCAACUAAACCCUCAUCUACCUCCCUCCGCAACCAGCACCGCCGUCUAAAGCUCCGCUCCAAUUUCACAUUCUCCGACCAAACUAAUCCACUCCACCAACACCACGACCCUAUUCCGUUCGACCCUCUCGUCGCCGACAUAGAGCGCCGCCGUGAAGACAGGCACUGGGAGAAGCAUUACUUCGAGAAUGCCCAUCCUGAAACCCUUAAAGAAACAGACCAGCAUGAAGUUCACUCUGCUCCUGGUCAUGAGUCCCAGCCUGAGUGGGAGGAUUUUAUGGAUGCUGAGGAUUAUUUGAAUGAUGAGGAGAAAUUUAAUGUUACUAGCAGGUUGUUGCUGCUGUUUCCCAAGAUUGAUGUGGAUCCAGUUGAUGGAUUUGUGACUGAGCAUGAGCUGACUGAGUGGAAUUUGGAGCAGUCUCAGCGGGAAGUUAUGCAUAGGACUCAGAGAGAGAUGGAUGUUCAUGAUAAAAAUCAUGAUGGUUUUAUUUCGUUUUCUGAGUAUGAAGCUCCUAGCUGGGUUCAUAAUUCAGAUAAUAAUACUUUUGGCUAUGAUAUGGGCUGGUGGAAGGAAGGACAUUUUAAUGCAUCAGAUGCAGAUGGAGAUGGGCUUUUGAAUAUAACAGAGUUCAAUGACUUUCUGCAUCCAGCUGACAGCAAAAACCCAAAGCUACUACAGUGGUUGUGCAUGGAGGAAGUAAGGGAAAGAGAUUCUGACAAAGAUGGGAAAGUUAAUUUUAAAGAAUUCUUUCAUGGACUAUUUGACUUAGUGAGAAAUUAUGAUGAAGAAAGUCAGAACUCUUCGCAUCCUGCUGAUGAUUCUAUGGAGGCCCCAGCUAAGGUCUUGUUUGCUCAAUUAGACAAAGAUGGCGACGGAUAUAUGUCGCAUGUCGAAAUGCUACCUAUAAUUGGGAAACUUCAUCCAUCAGAGCGCUACUAUGCAAAACAACAAGCAGAUUACAUCAUAACACAGGCUGAUACAAAUAAAGAUGGGCGACUAUCAUUGACAGAGAUGAUCGAGAACCCAUACGUAUUCUAUAGCGCUAUUUUCAGCGACGAAGACGAAGACGAUUAUGAUUUCCAUGACGAGUUCCGUUAGUAUGCCACGAAGAACAGAAAAAAUCCGGCAAGAAUUUUGUGCAUGAUAGAAGUAGUAUGGAUUACGAGAAGGGUUACGCAAGUUGGUGAAGGUGGAGCUCCAAAGUAUCAGAACACCUGCUGAAUUAUUGUGCGAUGAUGCAUUUGGUCUUUGUAGAUGUGUCUGAUACUGCAAGCUCAAAUACUCUGGCAGAUUACGAGGUGCUCUGCCCAUACAAGAAUGCAAACUGCCCCUGCGAAAUAGGGGACAGUAAUUGGAAAAUCAAGAUAUUAGAUUAGUUUUAGAAGAAUUGAGUAUUCUAUUUCUUUUUUCUCAAUUUGUGAUAUAAAAUACUGUUCUUUUUCUCAAAGUUAGAUUCAAAUUUAAAGUAAGAUUCGAACCCGACCUAAGAUACACGGCGAGGGUCCUUUACAACUA